AUGCGCGUGUUUGGAUGUCGGGCGUUUAUCCUGACACCAAGGGAGAAGCGAUUGAAGUGGGACCCGAAGGCUCGUGAAGGGAUGUUCAUGGGCUACGAAGAAGCGUCAAAAGCUUAUCGAGUGUACGACAUUGAGGCGGGCCAAGUGGUGAUCAGUCGUGACAUCACCUUCGACGAAUCGACUUUUGACUUUUCGAUGGACCGACCAAGUGACGAUGAUGAAGAUGCGGAGUUGGACCUCGACCUCCUGGCGAUCAACGAGGACGACGUGCGUCAAACCGUCUACAAGCAGACUGGCAAGCGCAAGAGUGAAGCAAGACCCGGCAUGUCACGUUCAGCUCGCCCUCGAACUGGGUUGGAACAAGCAAGUGCGCCGGAAUACGUCUCCAACCGUCACCAGAAACGACGAUCAAGUGCUCCAGAAACGAUGUCUGAUGACGAAGAAGAUGCAAGCGUCUACAAUCAAGAUGACGACUCGACGCCUCCAACAUUUUGGCGUGCAAGUGCAAACGCAGUGGAAGCAACGGACCUAGCAGAACCUGUGACUUUUCAAGACGCGAUCAAUGGUCCUGAUCAAGCUCACUGGCGAGAUGCUGUGAAGGCGGAACUCAAGUCGAUGCAUCUUCGUGGAGUUUUCCGUGCGGCAAAACUGCCAAGAGGCCAAGGCGCGAUCGGCACCAAGUGGGUGUUCAAGAUCAAGCGCAAAGCGGAUGGAUCGGUCGAGAAAUACAAGGCGCGUCUCGUUGCCAAGGGCUUCAAGCAGAAGUACGGCAUCGACUACACAGAGACGUUCUCGCCCGUGGUCAAGUACGUGACACUGCGUAUGGUGAUCGCGAUCACCAAGUAUUUCGACUGGCCACUGGACCAACUCGAUGUGGUGACAGCCUUUCUCUACGGAGUGAUGAAGGAGAAGGUGUACUGCGUGAUACCAGAAGGCGUCGAGAUGGAUGGCGACUUCGACUGUCUCGAGUUGGUGAAGGCGAUCUACGGUCUCAAGCAAGCUUCACGUGUGUGGAACGAGACUUUCGACGAGUUCGUAUGCUCCAUCGGUUUCGAGGCGUCGGCGUUCGAUCCAUGUCUCUACAUCAAGGUUGUCGACGGUCACUGUGUGCUCGUGCUGGUCUACGUGGAUGACGUGUUGGUCACCGGCAGCUCGCUCGAGUUGAUUGCGCAGACGAAGGCCGACCUCAAGACGCGUUUCGAGAUGACCGACAGUGGCAAGUGUACUUUUGUACUGGGCAUCGAACUGGUGGAUGAAUCGGAUGGCAGCGUGACGAUGUGCCAGCGACGGUAUGUCAACGACAUCCUCAAGCGCUUCGGCAUGGAUGAGUGCAAGGCCACAGCAAGUCCGGUCGACUUGAGCACUCGGCUUGUCGCAAGCACCGAAGCGGCCAAGAUCGACGUUCCGUUUCGUGAAGCUGUGGGAGCUUUGAUGCACUUGACGACUGCGACGCGCCCGGACAUUGCGUAUGCUGUGGGGUACGUCUCGCGCUUCAUGGAGAAUCCGCAGCAAGAACAUUGGACGGCGGUGAAGCGCAUCUUUCGUUACUUGCAAGGGACCAAGUCGCACGGACUCCGCUUCCAGCCAAGCGACAAGAUCGACUUUCGUGGCUACUCGGACGCGGACUGGGCCGGCGACCACGCUGAUCGCAAGUCGACUUCGGGUUACACUUUCAUGCUGAUGGGUGCUCCUGUGAGUUGGGGAAGCAAGAAGCAGUCAAGUGUGUCGCUGUCGACGAGUGAAGCGGAAUACAUCGCACUGAGUCUGGCCAUCCAGGAAGGCAAGUGGGUGCAUCGCCUGCUAUGCAAGAUUUUGGCGGCCGCAAACGAACCAGGACCGGACCUCGUCAUCCGUGAAGACAACCAGUCGUGCAUCAAGAUGACGAAGAAUCCGGUGAAUCAUGGCCGCGCCAAGCACAUCGACAUCAAGUACCAUCACAUCCGUGAUGAGGUCAAGCGCGGUGAAGUGAAGCUCGAGUAUUGCGAGACUUCCGUGAUGAUGGCGGACAUCAUGACCAAGGGACUUUCGGUACCUCGUCACAAGGACUUGACGACGGCUCUCGGCAUUCGUGCGAGUUCGGAUUGA